CGGCUGAGCACGGCGACGGCGCGGAGGGAGCGUGGGGACAGCGGUGGGGCUCGGGCAGCGGGCGGAGCCCUGCGAGUGACGCGGCCGUUCCCGGCAGAGCAGCGGCACGGAGCGUCCCCAGAGCGGACGGACGGACGGAUGCCGCGCGGGACGGAGAUCUGCCUGGUGACGGGUGAUGCCGCCCGGCCCGGGCGCUCCCUGCUCCGCGGCCCGGGCUGCGGGCGCCCUUCCUCGUCCUCCGCCGGCAGCCAUGGGGAGCGGCCGCGUCCCGGCGGCCGGGGCCGUGCUGGCGGCACUGGUGGCGCUGGGAGCGGGGCUGGAUGCCGGCACGCGGCCCUCGGCGUUUUUCCAGUGGAGCGCCGCCGUCGAGUGCCACUUCCUCAACGGCACCGAGCGGGUGAGGUUUGUGGCGAGGCACGUCUACAACCGGCAGCAGUACGUGCACUUCGACAGCGACGUCGGGCUCUUCGUGGCCGACACGGCCCUGGGAGAGAGCUCCGCCAAACUCUUCACCAGCCAGCCCGACGUGCUGGAGAAGAACAGGGCCGCGGCGGAAAUGCUCUGCGCCUACAACUACGAGACCGUGGCCCCUUGGACGCUGCACAGGAGAGGCUUCUACCCGCCCGAGAUCCGGGUGAAGUGGUUCCGGAACGGGUGCGAGGAGACGGAGCGCGUGGUGUCCACGGCCGUGAUCCAGAACGGGGACUGGACCUACCAGGUGCUGGCGGUGCUGGCCCUCGCUCCGUUUCAGGCCGCCGCAAUCCAACCCGCCCAGGGAUGCGCGACGAGCAGCUGCCCCACGCCGCUGCUCCACCGGCGCAGCCCGCACGCCCCGGCCCCGAGCUUGGGCUCGGUCGGGCCGGCACCGCGCUCCCUCCUGCCGCCGUGUUCCCUGCUGCCGCUGCCGCGCCUGCUCCGUCCCCUUCUCCAGAAGAGCUCGCUGCGAUGCUGACUCCGGGCUCCUCCCAGUUUCUCGCCGUGCUCACCCCGUGACACCCCCUGUCCGCACCGUCCUCACCCAGCGCUCGUCUCUCGUCACCCCGUUACAACACCAUCUGGGAGCCCACAGC